CGCCCUGGCCGCGCGGGGAGUGAGCUGCACGGACGGUCUGGCACUGUCAUGAAGGAGGUGGCGGUGGGCGAAGAGGAUGAGGAAGUGUUGCGGGACUAUCUGGCGUACUACACGGCUCGAGGGGCGGAGGGGGAGCUGGUGGUGUGCGAUGAAGCCUCCUUGAAGGCGAGGGCCCGACGGCUGCUGGGACCGCGGCGGCGCGGCGCCCUGGACGUGCGCUGCAUGGCGGAGCGGUGUCGAGGGGUCCGCGGCGAUCGGGGCGGCAGCGUCCUCAGCGACCUGCGCAAGGCGCUGGAGGUGCUGGAGCUGCUGUGCGUCAACCUGCUGCUCUCCCCGUGGCGGAAAGAGAUCAGGUCGCUGAAGACAUUCACCGGUAAUUUUGUCUACUAUAUUCAAUCUGUGCUCCCAGAUGACAUUGUAAAAACAGUACUGGAGAAAAUAGGUUACAUUGCAACAACAGCAACAGAGUUUUCACUUGUCAAAAAGAGGAACAAUGAAGAAACAAAACAGACUGCAUUUGAAAUAUUCCUGGCAAGAAUUGAGUGUGAAACCAUCCUCGAAAUGACAAAUGAAAAAAAACAUGGCAAUUUGGAGGAGACCUUACAGAAGAGAACACAAAUGCACCAGCAUCAUAGAAAUAAAGACAGAGAAGAUCAGACACCCCAGAGAGAAGACACUGAAAAUCUAGAAAAUAAAGAAAACAGUGAGACCUCUUUGUGCCUUGCUACUCAACAGAAAUCUUCAUCUACUAGUGAUACAUCUUGUGAAGCUGUUGGGGAUCUGAAGAUCAAAGAUGAUGUGCCUCAGUUAGCAGUUGCUCAGUCCACUAACAGGCUUCAGGAACACCAAGGAGAAAUCAUUAACACUGUACGUUUGCCAGGCAAAUGCUCAGACAGCGAGGACUUCUUUAUCAAAUAUAGUGACAUUGUGAUAAGACGAACACCUAUUUUCAGUGAGAAUCUUUCUCCAAAACCUUUUGAAAAAAAGCCAAGAGCCAGUCUAAGUGAAGAAUGUGUUUUGGCAGUCACUGCAGAGUCAGCUGCAAAUGAGAUCAGGCCUGUGCCACUCUCACCAGGAGCAAGUGGUCCACCAGCCUUUGCAGUAUUUGCUGAUAGCUCUUGUGACAGUAGAACCACUUUGGAGUACCAAGCUGAAGAAGUCCCUGAAGGAUCAAUUGAAGCAGAAAUUAAUGAUGCCAUAAAUUGCAUAGACCCGGACCCUGCAGAUGAACCCAAUGAGCUGAAGUCUCUGCCAUACAAGGACACUGCAUCUGUCAAAAACUGCAGUGUCCCUAGGGAAGAGGAAAUCUGUGAGCUGUCUUUAACCUUCACAAAACUACAAAUCAAGGACACUCAGAAAGACCUUAUGUAUCCAGUAGAGGAAACUGGGCAACCUGAGUCAGUAUCAUAUGCAAGUACAAGUGACAGGCAUGUAAGAGAAUUUAAUCACUCCAAAAUAAACCAUACAUUUCUGACUAAUGCUCAGAUUCAAAACAGAGCAGCUGCACAUACUGAGCUGUCUUCAGAUCUGUGCUGUUCUACUCGGAAUGUGGAGGAUUCCACUACUGGUUCUGAUAGCAAAAGGCUAUUAAUGGAUACUCCUAAUGCGCAUACAGCUUCUGCGUGCUUCAGACACAUUAGAGAGCCCCCUAACCUCACCUACAUUCCACCACAAAGUAUUGAUGUUCGGUCUUCACACAUAAGAAGGACCAGCACAGAGGGCAGAAGGAGCUUCUUGCAGCCUGAAUGUGACUCUCCCAAAUCCAGUGAAGUAAAGCUGGAGAACUGUGAUUCAAAAGUAAAUGAAAUCCAGGAGCCUUAUGUCAUUAUUGACAAAACUGACCAAGGAAUGUUAUGCCAUCAUACUUGAGUCUACCAGUGCUUCUGUUUGUAAUCUGCCUGGGUUUUUUCCUCUCACUUGUGGCCUUGAUCAUGUUUUCAGUGAGGUAAUUAGCUUUGUGAAAACAGUUUACAGACCUAUUUCUGAAGUAUUCUUCAAGUAUAGCAUGCUGUACAAUGACAGAAAUAGGAACAGCUAAGUGUUUCUAAGUUGCAAGACCCACUUUAUAGUUUUACAAAUGCUGUACUGGAGUGCACUUCUGUUAACUCGUUACACUCCCAUGAAGCUGUGCUCUGAGCUGAUUAUAUUCCUGUUUUCAGUUGAAAAUAAGUUCAUAAAGUUCUAUAACAUUCCUUUAGGUUUAACAAAGGAAACAGCCUUGUGAACCGUUCCAGUUUUCUAGAGGCAGUAAUCUGUUUUGCAGGUUCUUUAGACCUGUCUCCACUCAUUACCAAAAUUUUUUGUGGCUACCACCACAAAUGUCAGAAGCACUGAGCAUCGUAGUUGUUCACUGCUACUGGAAGAGGGAGAUCCAGCUACUGCUGUCACUUCCUUCACCCCUCUUCCUGCCACUUUGUUCUGCACCAGCUCUGGAUUUUAUUUCUCUGUAACUGGACUUUUCUGUGAGCCAGUUCAUUUUGCUUAAAUGAAGGGGGAAAACUGCCAUUCUCUUGGCAGGAGAAAAAUG